UGUGUAUUUGCAUCUCCAUCGUUGGUGAAGGAAAUCACAGCUGCUGAAUCCAACGGCCUCAGGUUCUGGGGGGCUCUUACACAAGCUAUACAAAACAAUGCUUAAAAGAGACCAGCCCAAGCGCGUUAUGUUUUGUGAAGAGCCCAGUCUGCCGCAUGUCUGACACAAGGUGAACCCGUCAGGCCGCGGCACCUGCAGGGCACGGCACCGAGCGUGCCGGGCACAACGGCUCCGUGCAAGCCCUGCAGCCCAGCGGCCCUCACAGCGCGCCGGGGGCUCUGCGGCGCCACCGCGGCCCGGCCGCCGCGCCGGGCACAGCCCCGGGCCGCCGUCCCGGACGAGCAGCCGGCCCUGCCCCGGCGCGGCCCGCAGCCCCCUCACGCCGCGCCCGGCGCCUCCGCAGCAGUUAGCCCACGUGACCGCGCGCCUCGCCUGCGGCCGACGUGCUGCCGGCCCGCCCCACGCCGGAGGGAGGACAGGAUGAUGGCACAGGCUCAGGGUUUGGGGAAGAGAUACAUUAAAGCCUUUUUUAAAGGUUUCUUUGUUGCUGUUCCUGUAACCGUGACUUUCCUGGAUAGAGUUGCCUGUGUAGCAAGAGUGGAAGGAGCAUCAAUGCAGCCUUCUUUGAAUCCUGGGGGAAGACAAGCAUCUGAUGUAGUACUCUUAAACCACUGGAGCAUUCGAAAUUAUGAUGUACAACGUGGGGACAUAGUGUCAUUGGUGUGUAGAAUAAAAGAAUAUUUCUGCAGUAGUAUGAACAUCCAUGAUGGCUUACAAGAUCAUAGAACAGAAUAUCUCAAGUUGGAAGGAGCCCAAAAGGUUCAUCAAGUCUAACUCCCUGCUUCUUGCAGGACAGCCUAAAACUAAAUCAUAUGACUGUCUUACACAUCGUUUGAUACAGUACACAAAAGAGGCAAAGUAGUGAAAUGCACAGGAAAAAAGUUAUAGAAUCAUGUGAGUUGCAAAACAUUUUUGUUGGUCAUUUUAUUUAUAAUAAUAUUAUUGUGUGACUCUGAUAUAUAAUGUUGACAAAGAAGGUAAGAAAGUACGGAUUGCUGAUGUAUUCUGGUCCCGCUUGAAAACAGCAAAACCUAGAAUCAAGUUAUGCAGUAUGACUUUGCUUAUGCCAGCUGGUUGUAUUGAUUAUAUGUGUGUCUGUGUUUAUGUAAUUAAUUUCUAACCUUGAGGUGUGUACGAACCAUUCUGAACUGAGACGUGAGCUGCAAUUUACUGUAACAAAAUAAACCUCAUGUAAAUUGAUAUCUUGCACUCAACGCUAUAAACUGUAAUUGAAGUUCAGUUUCCUUGAAGAAUGUAGCAUCACAGAGAUAAAUGUGUUGGAAAAUAAGCAUUUAACUUGGUGAUACUUUGAACUUUGGGAAUGCAUUGAUUCCCUUUCUUCAUUAAUGUACUGAUAAUAGUAAAGAUGUACUGAAAACACUAAAUAAAGACUAAAUUAAAAUACUUUUACUAACAGUGAUUUUCAGAAUUUUUAUUAAUGUGUUCCAGUGCUUUAAAGCUAAGUGCUUUGUACCAUCUGGAUUUUAUGUGAAAGUUUUGCAUUUCAAAUGUUCAGUUUUAAAGGCACUAACACGAAGGACAAAGAGAGCCUGAAGGUUAUUUGGCCUGUUCCUUUGAGUGGUAUUUAAAGUAUCUGAGUUUUACAUACACAGAGGUUUUCAUGCAAAUGUAGGUAUCUUUCUUAAAAAUAAAGUUAUUUCAAAUAAUGUAGUCAGCAUUAUCUGUUAAGCAAAAAUAC